CCAUGUUGUCAGUUCGACAUUCAAGCUGUCCUACGCUAACACAAACCAAGGAGCUGUUGAUACAUAUUGUUUGAUUUAAUCGUAGCAAAGACUUGCUAAGUAUCCUUGGAUUAACGAAUUUUAUAAAAACCCAGGCUAGUAUUAUAACGGAAGUAAAAUUGGUAUACAAAAAAAUUCCUAAUAAUCUUCUCAGCGAUCAUCGACUUAUUAUUGAGAUUUGGAUUAAAGUGAUUUAUUAAACAAAGACGCGAAAUGACCAUGUCUGAUAGUCCAACUGAUAGUCCACCAGUAACCACAAUUACUUCAGCCGUGAAGUCAGAAACACCACCAAAAAGACGAAGAGAACGAACAACAUUCACGAAAGCACAGUUAGAUGUGUUAGAAGAUUUGUUUGGUAAAACUAUGUAUCCUGAUGUUUUUAUGAGAGAGGAAGUGGCGAAGAAGAUAAAUCUAGCUGAAGCGAGAGUACAGGUUUGGUUUAAAAAUCGUCGAGCAAAGUUUCGUCGAUCCAGGGAAAGUCCAGGACGCCAUUUUGAACACGCGAAAUUUUUAGGUCGAGAUAAACUAUUAACUGAAGAAUUAGUCCGUUCCUUUAAACCUGGCUCAUCCGGAUUUCCUCAUCCUUAUCAGAACAGCAGUUAUCCUAUAUGGAAAUACCCAGGACCAGAGCAUAGCCCAACAUAUCCUGGUAGCCCUGUAAUGGAUGAAGCACUCUAUAGACAAUCAAAUCCUUAUAGCUCAGUUACUCAAUACGAAUACUCGUCAUAUGUAAGUCCUCGACCUCAAUCUUAUUAUGGUCCACAAUCGUAUUAUAGUCCAACUGGGAGUAGUCAUGAAUAUUUAACAAACGCUUGCACCCCGAGUACAAGUACGAAUACCGUAUCAAGUUUGUCGUUCACACAAGAAAACAAAAGUGACUUAAACCUUCCCACUUUCCAAUGGAGUGGGUCAGGUUACAUGGCUGCGAAUAUGUGAAGUUUUGUUCGCAGACAUAAACACGUACAUUAGCUAAAACUUUUUUUUAAGUCAUCAAAUGACUGCUAGCAGUUUUGCGAAUGUUUAGUGCUGGCACCAUCAAAAAUAAUACCAAAGAAUGACAUUGCUGGUAUUUACAUCAUUGUCAGUCCAUACAGCUUUCGAUUUUCGUUUCUUUUGUUCAAAGAACAACUUUUGUUAUUCUUUAUAUGGAGAGAAUAUUUUUUUAAAUUAGAGACCUUAUGGGGAAUCCAUGUUUUUAUAUCACUUCACUUUAAGAGCUAUUGUUUUAAUACCAAACUCAGGGUGAGUGUGAAUAACAAUAGAAAUCGAACACUUGAACUUCUUAGUGCAAAACUUCUUAGUAAAAAAGGGGGUAAUUUGUCUCGUUUAUUCCAAACCUUUAAGUUCGGAGAAGAUGAGUCACAAACCAUGCAGCAAUAACACUUGUGAUUUUUAUAUUUCGUAUUUUUUUCUAAACCUUUUCAUUUUCUUAAAAUCUAUUGUUAUUAUUUUUAAUUUAUUGGUACAUUCCAGUUGUGUAUAUAUUCUUUAUUAUGUACGAAAAAAUUUACUGUGCGCUGUUGUCAACUAGCAUCAACAAACAAAAAAUUUGGUCGUUUUAGUGAUGUAAAUAAAAAUUGUAUUAUUGUUUAUUAUUAUUGUCAUUAUUAUUGUUAUUAUUAAAAUUUAUAGGAGUUCCUUAUUUACAUCUAGAAAAAUACAUUUUGGAUAUAACAAUUCUGAAUUUUUAUGACUUCGAAUCCCCCCU